CUCCAUUACUGCUAACUCCAAUCAUUCCUCUGCGUACCUUUCGUUUAAAUCUUCGACAAUGCCUUUCGAAUUGAAAAGUGUGUGGGCUCCUGCUCCUUCUACAAAGCUUUCACAACCAUGUAAAUUGUCAACGGAUCGUAAAGGCGAACGAAUUGCUUAUGCUACAAAUAAAGCUAUCAUACUUAGAAGUAUUUCCAAUCCUGAAGAAUGCUAUCAAUAUAAUGAACAUACUGCUCCUACUAGUGUUGCUAAAUUCAGCCCUUCCGGAUUUUACGUAGCGUCUGGUGAUGUACACGGAAAUGUACGCAUUUGGGAUUGUGUCGGUGAAGACAAAAUCCUAAAAAACAAUGUUACAGCUAUAAGUGGUAGAAUUAACGAUUUGGAUUGGGACGGAGACAAUCAAAGAAUUAUUGCCGUUGGAGAAGGAAAAGAACGAUACGGCCAUGCUUUUACAGCAGAUUCUGGAAACUCAGUCGGUGAGAUUUUUGGUCAUUCUGGAACUGUCAACAGCGUCGCUAUGCGCAAGCAACGCCCGCUUCGCGCUGCUACGGCCUCUGAUGAUAAUUCCAUCAAUUUUUUCCAUGGUGUACCUUAUCGAUUCAAUAGCAGCAUUCGCUGCCACAAUAAAUUCGUUUAUGAUGUACGUUAUGCCCCUAACGAUGAAAAGUUCGCUUCUGUUGGUGCAGAUGGAAAAGUAUUUUUAUUUGAUGGAAAAACCGGUGAACAAGUGAUGGAAGUCAAUGCUCACAAAGGUUCUAUUUUCUCUCUCUCCUGGUCGCCAGAUUCCAAGAAGUUCGUAACCUCAUCUGCUGACCGAACUGUUAAAGUUUGGAAUGCUGACGAUGGCUCCUUAAUUCGUGAAUGGCCUUGUACGAAUGAACAACAAGUCGGGAACGUUUGGCCUUCUGAAAAUUUGAUUAUAUCAGUUGAUGUGAAAGGCGUAUUGGUUUAUCUUAAUAUUGACAAAGAAGAACCUGAACGAUUAGUUUACGGACAUCAGCGUUCUAUCACAUCGUCUUUCCUUUCUUCAGAUAAGAAGGCUUUAUAUACCGCUUCUUAUGAUGGAGUAGCUUUAGUCUGGGACGUUGAAUCUCAAACUGAUUCUUCUUUACAAGGGCCCUCUCACAGUAAUCAAGUCAUGGAUAUGACUAAACUUGGAGAUAAUGUCAUUUCUGUAGGAAUGGACGAUACAUUGCGAGCUUUGGACACCAAAUCGAAUUCCUUUAUUCCAGAAAGCGUAUAUGCCACCGGUUAUCAGCCAGUGGGUGUGUGUGCUGUUGGCGAUUGUGUUGUGUUGUCCACUGUCUCAGAUAUACAAGUACUUCGUGAUUUAAAAUGUGUUUCUACAGCUAAAACAAUCUAUCAACCAAGCUGUAUGGCAGCUCACCCUUCGAAACAAGAAUUCGCAGUUGGUGGAGAGGAUUCCUGUGUGUAUGUUCAUUCUCUUGAAAAAGACGAACUUUGCGAGAUAGCACAACUAAAAAAUCAUACAUCUCCGAUCACUUCAAUGGCUUACUCGUUUGAUGGGAAAUACCUUGCUUGCGGUGAUGCUUCUGGAAAAGUCGUCCUUUACGAUGCUGAAACUCGACAAAUCAUCACUUCUCGCUGGGCUUUUCAUACUGGUCGAAUUCUGGGUAUGUCUUGGAAUUCUAACUCAACUCACUUGGCAACUGCUUCUCUUGAUACGAAUGUUCAUGUUUACUCUGUCGAGCGUCCUAUGAAAUACGUCGCUGUAAAAAAUGCUCAUUCCUUAGGUGCUACACAAGUUCAUUGGAUAUCAGAAGAUGAGAUUGUGAGUACUGGAAGUGAUGCAGCCGUCAAAGUUUGGAAACUUUCUUUUUAAAGUAAACCUUUCAAUUUAGAUUUACGAAUUUUGGCAGCAUAUUUAUGAAAAUUAAAUAAUCCUCUGAAUGAAAUAUAUAUCUUAUUUAAAGAAAUAAAAAGAUCCAAAAACACAAAAAUGAGGAUACUAUCAGAAACAUUAAAAAUUCAAUAGGUCGUUGGUAUCAAAAAACGCAAG